UGCUGCAAGGAGUCGUGAAACAUUUCCAUUUGCACGACUGCUGAGCUUUUCCUCCGUACUUUUAGACAGUCGUUCACUGUCCACAAAAGCAAAAUUAUUUUACACCACGGCCACUGCCACACACAUAGACUACGUAGCCUGAGCGUGAAUUUUUCCUGGCAUGUUAAAACAGUAUCAGAUGUCAAGUAAAGCAUUUUUAAACAUUAAAUAAUGAUAAUUUGUUAAAUUAUCGUUUUUUUAAACGUUUUGAAUACAUUAUUCAGAUUGCUUAAGGUUGCUAUGCAACAGUGACGCAUCCCAGAAGUCUUUGGACUGCAAACAAACAUGGCAGAACGCGCAAAGUCUGCUUGCCUGACGAAGAAGCCCAAUUCAGCGGGCGCAAGGAAAACGGUGCCCAAACCUGCAAACCGUCCUGCCUCUGCCCCAUCAAAAGAAACACAGAAAAUGGAUAUCUUUGCAAAGGAGGAGGAAUACAAACGAUUGAAUGCAGAAUUGGAAGCAAAGACUGCUGAAAUAGUAAGACAAGCAGAGGAGGUCAUGAAGGAACAACAUGAUGUUUUGUCCAAGCCAAUUCCAUCUCACAUUCAUAUGAACUCAGACGAUGAGGAAUAUGGAGAAGAGACAUUGAUGACACAGCUAGAAAAGAAGACAGCUACAAAAAAGAAAACUGUUCUGAAGCCAGACAAACCCAUUGCUGGCAACAAAAAGACAUCACAGAAAUCAAAAGCAAUUGAAAUGGCGGCUGAGGAUGUUGCAGUUGUGGAAGACUUUGGAGAUUUUUCUUUGGAAAACACCAUUAGCAACAUUGAGGGGAAACUGAAGGAUGGAGUUGCUCCAACAGAUGUUGACGACAAUGUUAUGCCAAGUGUUGGUGAAGAAAUGGGAUCAGAGGCUCAAAUUCGAUUUUUGAAGGCUAAACUUCGAGUAAUGACAGAAGAGCUGGAAAUAUUGUCAUUUGAAUGUAACAAGAAGGAUGAUGAAAACAACACAUUGAGCAGCAAACUGAAGCAGGCGGAGGAGGAUCGGAACAGGCUCCAGAAAACCACAAACAUUCAACAGAGCCAGAUAGAGAAACACAAAGCUAUGGCCGAGGAGGCAAACCGAAGAUGUGAUGGGUUGCGGAACCAAGUGACUUCAUUGCAGAAAGAAAUUGAUGGACUGAAGAGAGCAGAGAAGCAGGCAGCAAACAACCACGGAGCUACGGAGGUCAGAUUGAACAGGGCUCUGGAGGAAGCGGAAAAGUACAAGACACAACUGAGCAAGAUUAAACAGACCAUGAAGGACACCUCACACCAUGAUCAUCAAAGAAUGGAAACUCUGCAAGCUGAGAACAAGAAGUUGGAGAAGCAGAAGACUGAACUUAUAGUUGCCUUCAAAAAGCAGAUUAAGUUAAUUGAUAUACUAAAACGACAAAAGAUGCAUUUUGAAGCUGCCAAAAUGCUGUCCUUCACAGAAGAGGAAUUUAUGAAAGCUCUUGAUUGGGGAAAAUCAUAGAAAAUCGCCACCUGAUCAGAUACUUGACAUAUAUAUGGAGGAUGAAUCAUGCUGGAAACAGUGGAAUAUACAUGUAAAUAACCCUUUUUUAUACAACACAUUCUAUCAAAUGCAAUUUUAAAUGUAUCCAGGUGUUACGAAUAAAUAGGUUUUUGACA